AUGGGGUGUGUAUUGGGACAACACGACGAAUCGGGGAAGAGGGAGCAAGCCAUCUAUUACCUCAGUAAGAAGUUCACUGCGUAUGAAGCCAACUAUUCUUUUCUGGAAAGGAGUUGCUGCGCUUUAGCUUGGGCCGCACAAAAGUUGAGGCAUUACUUGCUCAGUCAUACUACUUACCUCAUUUCCCGCUUCGACCCUUUGAAAUAUCUGUUGGGAAAGCCUAUGCCGACAGGACGUAUGGCAAAAUGGCAGAUGAUUCUUUCGGAGUUUGAUAUUAUUUUUACCACGCAGAAGGCUAUCAAGGGCCUGGCUGUGGCCGAUCAUUUGGUUGAAAAUCCGUUGAAAGAUGAUUAUCAACCGCUUCACACUUAUUUUCCGGAUGAGGAGGCCCUGUUCGUGGGUGUAGCAGAAGAUAUGAAUGAUCAAUGCCCGGAGUGGAGGUUGUUCUUUGACGGUGCAUCAAAUUCCUUCGGGGCUGGUAUUGGAGCUGUUCUAGUAUCGCCUGAAGGAAAGCAUUACCCUGAAAUGGAGAUUAAGGAUUUACUAGUGUUCAGCGAUUCAGAUUUGCUUGUACAUCAGACUCUCAAGGAGUGGAUCACUCGGGAUUCAAAGAUCUUGCCCUAUCAUUGCAGCUUACUGGAGUUAGCAAAUAAAUUUAGGAGUUUGGAGUUUCGGCAUAUUCCCCUUGUCAGAAAUGUCUUUGCCGAUGCAUUGGCCACUUUAUCUUCAAUGAUUCAACAUCCGGAUGAGUUGGUAAUUGACCCUAUCCAGAUUCAUCUACAAGAAAAGCUUGCUCACUGCCUAGUUGUGGAAAGGUCUUCCGAUGGCCGCCCCUGGUACAACGAUAUCAAGGAAUUUCUCAAAACAGGAUCCUAUCCCCCUGGGACCGAUACAACUGCUAAGGGCUUCUUGCGCAGAUUGUCUUCCAGAUUUUUCCUAAACGGAGAGGUUGUAUACAAGAGGACGUCAGAUUUGGGCCUUCUAAGGUGUGUUGAUGAAGAUGAAGCAGAAUACCUAAUGAAAGAAGAAAUGCUUAAAGUGUCAAUUGCAUGGAGAUGUUCUGCGCACUCCCCCCACAGAAUUGCAUAG